AAAAAGCUCAAAGCUCGCAUGCCACAAGGAGAAAAUGAACGAGACGAGCUCAUGGAGCAUAUACAGUACCAGAGAUGGAGAGAGUGAGGGGCCAUGGAGAUCGUCGACGUCGAUGAAUGCCAUCUCUUUUGGGCUCGUAGCUACGGCGAUACUCAUCUCCAUGUUCUUGAUAAUGGCCAUCUUCGAGCAUCUCUUCAGGCCCGAGAACUCUACAUUUGAUUCACCACAUCGGAUCAGACAAAGACAGAGCCAGAGCAGAGAUGGGUCCACUCAGUUCCAGAAACUUGCUCAUCAAGCAUCCAUGUCGAAGCGCAUUAACUUGCCACUUUUCGACAUUAAUGAUAAGGAGUAUGACGUGGUAGGUUCCGGUGAAUACGGCGGUGGAUGUGUCGGUAGUGAUGCCGGGAGAGAAGCUGCCGUCGCACAUAGCUUUGCCGGCUCCUUUACCUUGUCGAAGAGAAGGCCUUCGUUGGGAUCUCCACCUCUAAAUAUUAGUGUUGGACUUGGAAGCUGG